AUGGAUCAUUUGAUCAUCAUCGAUGAGUUUAUUGACGAAGCUUUGCAGCAAAGUCUCUUGGAUCAAUUGGAGCAUCAAGGGCUUUUGGCCUUUGAAGACUUUCAGCUUCCGGGCCUGGUGAAUCAGGGAACUGGUCGGAGAGCAGAGGUCCAAGUGCCGGGGCCUGUGGUCGAAGCUGCAAGGUCAGCGAUUGGCAUCACCCCGGUCGAGAGCAGCGGUCGCGGGGAUGUACUGCUGCCUGCGAUGAUGAGCCGAGGGGAUGUGAGAAGUCAUCGUGACGUGUGGGGAGGACUGCGGAGUCACUAUGUUCAAACUUACACAGUCAUCAUUUGGCUACAAGGGCCUGGCUCUCAAUUAGUGCUAGAAGGCACAGGCUCACAGCAUGUCGUUGAUGCUCAGCCUCGUCGACUAGUAGCGUUCAACAACCGGCAUUUUCAACAUGCAGUGAAGGGCCCACCACACGCUGUGAGAGCUAUGGUCGGUCCAAUGGCAUGGAAAGCCGGGUCCGGGUCUUUCCAGCCUGUGAUGGACGCUCAAGACAUUGUACCCAAGGGGCCAUUGGGCUAUUGUUUGUGUGGAUGCUUUCUUUGUUGUGUCCUCCCAUGCAUGAUUGCAUGUGCGAAUUUAUGGGCUUUUCCUCUUCUUACGGUCCGCUUCAUUUUCGGAAGUGCCCGUGCUGCUCUGGUGGCUCCGCUCAUAGCCCUCUAUUUGGCUUUGGCCUUUGCUGGCAUUGCACUGGUUUGGAGUCCAGUGAUAUUUCUCCGGGCAUGUCGAGGACUUUGUGGUGGCAAGUGCUGCUCAUCUUUCGUGACACUUCGGCUGUGGCCAUUGCGUGUGCCCUUAGUGCUGGUGUUGUCGUUUCUGUAUUUCUUUCUCUUUGCUUUCUGGUGGAUCGUUUCCGGCACUUUGGCCCACGAAGAGAUUAGCCUCAUGAACCUCUUGGUGGGAGGGGUCAUCGAUCUGGGAGAAUCUUCAGGACUGAUAGGCCUACUACACCUGAUUGUGUCAGACUGUUGGUCUUACCACACCAACUGGCAACCAGACCUACAUCUUUGCCCCAGAGAUCCACCUUUGGAUGCAGUUCAUCCUCAAAGCUUUGGGCAGGCAGAUAUGGAACUUGGUGUUGGAGGCAGCAGGAGCUUGGACUCCGCCUUCUUCGAGCAGUCCCAGACCUGGCGAUAUGUCACAGGUGACAUCAGUACCAGGGAGGUGUGGGAGGUGUGCUUGAAGCGCACAGCGGCCUUGGGAACUCAACUGCAUGAUGAGGGCCUCAUCAGCAAGGAGGACCUUCAGUCUUUGGAGCCAUUUCUUUUCAUAGGCCUGCCUGCCGCUGCAGUGGUGCGCUUGGUGGUGCGUUCGAUCAACAAAGAUGGCCUGGACUUCGAGGAGCUUAAGGUGACUAGUGACAAUCGCCCUCACAACGCUUUUGCCGACAGCAUUUGGCAAACGGCCAUGAGGGCCAAGCAAGCAGCGGAAGAUGCUCAACCCAUCAGCGAUGUGGAGAUGAAGUACCUCACCAUCACUGCUCUCCAACGUCCUGAGUCCAAACUGGAAGCAUGGCAAGAGAUUGACUCCAAGCGUCAGGCUCAACUGAGCCUUAUCGUUUCUGCAGCAAUCGAUCUGGCCAUUUCAGCCUCCAGAUCCCGGAAUUUCAAGCAAUCCAUCGGCACCAUGCUCGAGACCAUCAUGACAAGCUCUCCAGGUGCCUUCAUGCGGGACGUGGAGAUCCAUGUUCUGGGGGCCUUUGCUGAAGCAGAGGACCAGUGCCUCUUCUUGGACUUGGUGAUGCAUGUCACCUCCAGGGACCAGUGCUACAUCACCCAGUCUGGCAGCAACCUUCGCACCGUGCCCGCGAGCUUUUCCAGAGCUUGGUACGGCCGGCUGGGUGAGGGCGAAUGGAGCGACUGCUCCAGUGCUUCUGCUUUCGGCACUGACGUGGUGGUGAGAUGUGCUUUCUCAGUUGAUGAGCCCACCAUCGGUGGGGAAGAACUGGUGGUGAAACUGGAGACAGGUGACUGGAAAGCUCCAGACAUUCCACUUUGCAAGCUUCAGAGCGAAGGGCACCAGUUCCGCCUCACCGUUUGCAGCGGGGUCAUGUUCAAUGCAGGCCAGCAAAUGGCGGGCAGCUCACUGCUACAGCAGUGGUUGGCCUAUCAUCAGGCCAUGGGUGUGGACCACUUUGCUCUCUAUGAUUCUGAUGGGUCAGCAGCAGAGAUCCAGCAGGUGUUUUCUGUUUCUGCAGAUGCACAGGUCUCCUACUUCCCGCUUUGGCCCUCUCAUCUCUCCGAGAAGCUCGGCACCAUCAGCCGCACGGAGCACUGCCGGCACUGCCUCAGCGUCGUGGCGGAGGCUCAUUGCUUGUGGAGCCAACGUGGAAGAUCCGAUUGGGUGAUUACUCUACAUAGUUUUGAUGCAUAUUUAGCACCAGCGCCUGGGCAUCGUUUAGACGUGGUACUGAACCACCUGGAGUCCAAACGCCAUGAGAUCGGCACUGUGCCGCUGGCAAUGUUGGACUUUGGUGGUGCAGUCAAUUCCAAUUCAUCGUGGUUAGUUGAGAGAUAUCAACAUCGCGCGUUUGAGCCAGUGCGAGUGUUGGCAGAGAUUGGCCGGGGAAAUCCCAGAGAUGAAUGCUGGCUGAAUCACCCUGGCGUGACGAUGAAGAAUCCCUUGAAUGUGUGGGGUGUCUACGACCACUAUGCGCGCUCCAUCUUUGGAGCAAUUGAUGUGGAAGUGCCCUGGCAGCUGCUGCGUGUGAACCACUACGUUGACAUUUUUGCAGAGCGAUGUGCCAGUCGCUUUCUGCCAUGUGUUGUCCGCGACACUGGCCUCAGUUGGAUCCUGCCGGAGCUUGAAGCGAAGCACUGA